AUGCCCCGCAGGAAGGCGACGGCGACGGCGGCGGGGCCGCCCUGGGAGCCGGGUUCGGGCAACGGGACGGCGCCGAGGAAGCGGCCGGGCCCGGCGGCGGCGGCGGCGGCGGCGGCGGCGGCUGCGGGCGGGCGGCGGCGGCCGCGCCCGGAGCGCGGCGGCGGCGGCGGCAGCAGCGACGAGGAGGCUCCGCGCGAGCGGCGGCCGCGGGACGGCAGCCCCGGCGGCAGGAGACCCCCCCGGGCCGGCGCCCCCGGGGGUCCCGCCCGGGGCCAGGCCGUGAUCAUCUGCGAGCCCGAGCACAGCAAGGAGCGCGUCAAACUCGAAGGCUCCAAGUGCAGGGGACAACUGCUGAUUUUCGGAGCCACCAACUGGGACUUGAUCGGCCGCAAAGAAGUGCCUAAGCAGCAAGCUGCUUAUCGUAACCUGGGCCAAAACCUGUGGGGGCCGCACAGGUAUGGGUGUCUCUCAGGGAUUCAGGUGCGGACGGUGGUGUCCGGCCCCUGUGCCGCUCACAGCCUGCUCAUCACCGCCGAGGGCAAACUCUGGAGCUGGGGUCGCAACGAGAAGGGGCAGCUGGGCCACGGCGACACGACGCGGGUGGAGGCGCCGCGGCUCGUCGAGGCGCUCGCCGGCGAGGCCGUGGCGCUGGCAGCCUGCGGCCGCAGCCACACGCUGGCGCUGACGGAGAGCGGCUCCGUCUUCGCCUUCGGGGAGAACAAGAUGGGGCAGCUCGGCCUCGGGAACCAGACGGACGCCGUGCCCAGCCCCACGCAGGUCGCCUACGACGGGCAGCCGCUCACCAGGGCGGCCUGCGGCGCCGAGUUCAGCAUGCUCGUGGACUGCAAGGGCAACCUCUACUCCUUCGGCUGCCCCGAGUACGGCCAGCUGGGUACGGCCCCCCCGCACAACUCGGACGGCAAGUUCAUCGCCCGGGCGCAGCGCAUCGAGUACGACUGCGAGCUGGUGCCGCGGCGCGUCGCCAUCUUCAUCGAGAAGACCAAAGACGGCCAGAUCCUGCCCGUGCCCAACGUGGUGGUGCGCGACGUGGCCUGCGGCGCCAACCACACGCUCGUCCUGGACUCGCAGAAACGCGUCUUCUCGUGGGGCUUCGGCGGCUACGGGCGCCUGGGCCACGCCGAGCAGAAGGACGAGAUGGUGCCGCGCCUGGUGAAGCUCUUCGACUUCCCCGGCCGCGGGGCGGCCCAGAUCUACGCCGGCUACACGUGCUCCUUCGCCGUCAGCGAGACAGGCGGCCUCUUUUUUUGGGGAGCCACCAACACGUCACGCGAGUCCACCAUGUACCCCAAGGCGGUGCAGGACCUGUGCGGCUGGAAGAUCCGCAGCUUGGCCUGCGGCAAGAGCAGCAUCAUCGUGGCGGCGGACGAGAGCACCAUCAGCUGGGGGCCGUCGCCCACCUUCGGCGAGCUGGGCUACGGCGACCACAAGCCCAAGUCGUCGACGGCGGCGCAGGAGGUGAAGACGUUGGACGGGAUCUACGCGGAGCAGGUGGCCAUGGGCUACUCGCACUCGCUGGUGAUCGCCCGCGACGAGAGCGACGCCGAGAAGGAGAGGCUCGGGAAGCUGCCCGAGUACAACCCUCGCACGCUGUGAGCCGCCCGGCGCCGCGCCGGAGCCCGCCGCGCCGCCCGAGCCUCCCCGGCCGCGCCGGAGCGCGCCUUGCUCUAUUUUAUUUUAUUUUAGCUUUUUUUUUUUUUUUCCCUCAUUUGUUUUGCUGCGUUUCGGGGGCAGGGGGAGGGAAAAGCAGGAGGGGGCAACCAGAUGGGCAUAGGUUGUUUUUUUUUUUUUUUUAAUUAUUAUUAUUUUAUUUUUUCUUUUUAAAAUUUUUAUUUUAUUAUUAUUAUUUUUUUUUCCUCCUCCCCCCACCCCCCCGGCCACAAGCGCUCGGCCGUUCCGCAUUUAAGGGCUUCGAAAGCCUUCAGAAAUUUUCUUCCCCCUCCUGCAACCCCAGCCCGGUCCGGGGAACCGCGGGAGCUCGGUGCCGCCGGCUGAGCCCGGAGCGGAGCCGGAUCCUCGCCGGGUGGCCGAAGCCCCCCGAGAUGCCGCUUUUCCCACGGCGGACAGCAGGGCGUCUCGUAAAUUAUAAAAUAUAUAUACAUAUAUAUAUGUGUAUGUGUGUAUAUAUAUGUAUAUAUAUAUAAAAUGCCCGGUGGCUCUGGCGACCUUUCUUUUAUAAUUAUUAUUUUUAUUUCGCACCCUGGUCCCCCCAACCCGGGCUGGGGCGUUGCUUCCCUUAUUCCCUCUUCCGUCUUUCCCUUUUCCUCCCUGUUUCCUCCCCGUUUUCCCCUCUCUUCCCCAUUUUCCUCCUUUUCCCCUCUCUUCCCCAUUUUCCUCCUUUUCCCUCCCCUUUUCCUCCCCCUUUUCCCCAGUUUUCCUCCCCAUUUCCUUCUUUUUCCCCCCAUUUUCCUCCGUUUCCUUCUUCCCCCCUUUUUUCUCCCCAUAUUUCCCCCGUUUCCCCCCAUUCCCCCUUCCCCAAUUUUCCUUCCCAUUUCCCCCAUUUCUCCCCCAUUUCCCCUCUCCUCAGUUUUCCUUCCCAUUUACCCCAUUUCCCCCCCUUUUUCCUCCCCGUUUCCCCCCUCUUUUCC